AUGAUGUGUCCAUGGUGGGGCCCUUGCCUCCUGCUCCUGUCCCUGGGGGCCCCGGUGAGGCCCUAUCCUAACGGCAGAGUGAGUAAAUCCUGCAGCAGCAUGGAGCCCAACCACCACAGCCCGGGUCAGAGGGGCCCCGCUCCCUAUGCCCUCCAGACCAACACCUCCAGCUACAGCCCUGGGGACCGUGUAGAAGUGACCCUGUCCGGCCCAGGCUUCAAGGGCUUCCUCCUCCAGGCCCGCGAUCCUGAUGGGGACCCCUCUACUGUGGGCACUUUCUCCCUCACAGACCCCCACGCCACACAGCUGCUCACCUGCCACAAGCACCAG